CUUUUGAAAAAUAUUCACAAUUAUAUUCAACUCAUUUACAAGCUUUAACAUGUCCAUGUACUACAAUAUCCAUUGAUUAUAAAAAGUUUCUCAAUGUUGAAUAUACAUUUCAUCAAGUAUGUAGUAGUAUUUAUGUAACCAGCGAUUGGAGAGAAUCUAUUUUAUUAUUUUCUCCACACAUACCAUUAUAUGUUGGUGAUUUUCGAGCACUUCGUAAAUUCUUCUUUCAAGCUUUGAGUACAUUUUGUGAAUUAACAAAUCAAACAGUAUCUGAAAGUUUAACUAGAUUCUAUUCAAAUCGAUAUAUUAGUGCUACAGUAAUAUCUUCAGACUUGUUUCAUUUACAAAUGCAAUCAAUAUUUAAACAAUUUGUUUCCUUGACAACAAACGAUUUAUUAUUAUCAUUAGAAAUUAUACGAGAUACAACACAAGUCAAUGCUCUUUUCUCUGGACGUUGGACAAAUUAUAAUUUACGUACAACAUUUGCUCCUAGAUUUUCUGACUUGAAAAUUGCAGCACAACUUCCUCAAGAAUAUUCAAAAUGUCGAUGUGAUGUUUCAAUGACAUGUAUUGAGCAGGCAACCCUAAAAAAUGUUGCUCAUAGCAUUACAUCAUUUGCAAUACCAGGUAUUUAUCGAGGAUGUUUUAUAAUUGAAUCAUUAUUACAAUCAACUCUCGAAUGUUUUUAUAAUCAAACAUGUGUCGAUAAGUUACAUUCAUAUUUAGCAUUUAAUUCAUCUAUGAAUACAACAGCACUUGAUUCAUCUGUAUCAAGUCGUUUCUUUGUAAAUUCAACAAUAGAAGAACUUGUUAAUAAGUUAAUGAUUGAACGAUGGAAUUUAUCUAGAAUGUAUGAAAAUUAUUACAAUGCAUGUCAACCAAUAAGUUGUACCUAUAAUUAUGCAACAAGAAAUGAUAUUAUUUACAUUGUAACGAUUGUAUUUGGUUUAGUUGGUGGCAUUGUGACAAUUUUCAAAAUUAUCUUACCAUCAUUUGUUAGAUUAAUUGCAUAUUGUUUUCGAAAGCGACAAAGAGUUACACCUGACGUGUCACAUAUUCCAAUCCAAUAA